CCGGGCGGGGGGGAGCCGGGCCAGCCCCGCGCGAGCCGCACUCUCUAUUGUGACGCACUUACUACGAGCGGUCGCUGCUGCCAAGCUCCGGCAGACUUGCUGCGCUCAGCACAUUGGGAGAACAAUGGGGCGGGCAGGGCGCGGGCCGGGAGCUGCACAAUCAGUGCAGGCGCCGCGCCGCGUCCCAGCCUUUUGUCCCGUGGCGGGGGGGUCCGAGCGCGCGGCUGCCCGAUUCCCAGCUCCGGCCGGGGCGGACUCGGAGCGCCGGGGUCUGGCUGAGGAAUUGCUCUUGGAGCCUGACUCGCUUUUGUUCAGACAAAGCCUUUCUGCGAGUUACUCUUUGGACGCAGGAAAAGGCGACCAAAUGGCAAAGCAACCUUCUGAUCUGAAUUCAGAGUGCGACGGAGAAGGUGGACAGUUUCAGUCAAUUGAAAGGCCAAGUCAGCCUCAGCAUCUUAGACCUGGGGCCCCUACCUCUAUACAAACACAGUACCAAGGUAAUCAUUCAGGUGAGGGGGACAGCUCAUCGCCCAGCAGCCCUCAGGGACCAUUUGCACCACCCACUAGCCCCAGUCCAUUUGCUACCAGAUCCCCACUUUUCAUCUUUGUACGAAGAUCCUCACUGCUGUCUAGAUCCUCCAGUGGGUAUUUCUCUUUCGACACAGACAGGAGCCCUGUGCCUAUGAGUUGCGACAAGUCGACGCAGACUCCAAGUCCCCCUUGUCAAGCCUUUAAUCAUUAUCUAAGUGCAAUGGGUAAGCAAGAUCAUGAUUCUUAGCUGUUUCCUGAAGAUCCUGCUAAUCAGAAUAUUUGGUGGAAGGAGGCAGGAGAAGAAAGUAUCUACAAAACUAGCUCUAGUUUCUCUUGUCUCUUAUAUUUUGGAGUUUAAAAUUUAUCUGUAAAUAUCCAUUUUGGUCUGGAAUUUGCUAGUCUGAACAGCUAUUCUUUUUUCACACAUGAAGGGAAUCAGGUUUUAAAAAUAUAUUGUACAUUUUUUUUAAUUUCAAACAUGUUUCUGAAAUGUCAUUUUGAUACAGUUUGUAACUUUAUGCUCAAGUAAUGUUUUAGUAGACCCUCUUCACAAAAACAUGUGUAAGAGUACUAGACUAAUGUGGUUAGUGUGCUUGCACAGUAUUUAUUAAAAAUACAACAAAAAUCUUAAAAUUUUAGUUAAAAACUACAGGGAUGAGUCAGGAGGCUUGAAGGGUCUUUAUGUAUGUCAGUCCGGAAAGUGCCUGUUGAUAUGACAUUUGAGCACAGUGUCCCAUUUGGCUGGGUUUUCUAAGAAGACUCUUUGCAAUGGUUGCUUGGCAGAUCAUGAAUCUGAAGUUUGGCCACAGGAGUCUGUAGAAGGCGGGAGAGUCGGGUGUGAGACUCUGAGUUACUCCCAUUAAGGGUGGAGCAAAGAUUACUAGACGUAUGCAUUUUUCCAAGUGAGAGACUUUCCUUGCUGCAGUAGGAAUUCAGAGGAUCAUCUCUCUUUCCCGUCCUCUUUUGAAGUUUUUUUUCCUAGAGUCUGCCUUCUGGUUAGGGAAGAGUGGCAAGGAUUACUUUGGAUCCUGUCGAUACUGCUCCUUAAUCUGUCACAAGGGUUGUUCUGGAGUGCCUGUUACUUAUGAGAAGCUAUAUGGAGUGAGGAUUUAUUUUUCAAAGCCAACUAGAGGGUUUAGCAGUAGCUUUCAAACAUUUAAUAGGCAUUUCCUAAUUAAAGGUCUUAGACAGUUUUGAAAGUCUCACCUUAGUGUUGUGGAUUUGGGUGGUGGUUAUGUUGUGGUGGGUUUUUUUUUUGUUUUUUGUAACGUGUCCUAGGGACCAGCUUGAGACUGCAAAACUAGUCUUGUGACUAGGUAAGGUUUGAAUCCACAUCUCCAGAAGUGGAAACUACACUCUUGUAGUAAGCAGCUUGCAGUAUCUGUCCCGCUUUCCCUGUAUCCAAGAGGAAGAUAGAUGAAGCUAAAUUAAGUUAGAAAACUAUUUGAAAGAAACCAGUACUUAUGUUCAUAUGUUCAACUCUCAGUGGAAAUGGGGAACAUCUAGUCGUGGCAAUAGUUUGUUUGUUUGUAUUGAUAACACUCUUUUGUGUGUCAUGCUCAAAACAUUUUGAUAGUUCGUAGUUGUACCUCCCAGCUGUAACCACUUACACUAUUCCCUUAGGAGGUAUUUUCUGGAGUUGCAGUAAUUGCAGCUUAAUGUAAGUUUCACAAUCUUACUGAGAGAGCAUAAGUGGUAUUACUAGACAAAAGGAACUAGAGUUCUUGAAAUAAACAUUGCUUACAACACAUGUAAAGCUAAACUUUAGCAGUGAACAACAUUAUUUGAUAUUCAAGGCAAACACCUCAAGUCCUGUCCAUAAUUUCAGAAAAGUAUUAUAUUUUUCACCCAUGUAAAAUGUUCUUUGAAAACUAUGUAUAUGGUUUUUACUAAUAUCUUUCUUAUGCUGUUGUUACUGUGAGUACUAUCCUAAACAUUAAAUGUCAGAAACUGAGUAGAAAUUGCUGAGGGAAUUUAAAUAGGAACACUGGCCAUUUUCAAACAUGAUUAGAAUAGAAAUGUGAAGUUGUAAAGACAUUUUAUUCUAACUCAGGACUGUGCUUUCCAAUGAGGGACUUACUGGCUGGUUUUCUUGUUGUAGAGAGAAGAGAUGAUAAUCUCUGAAAUGUUACCAAGAGAGUCUGAACCUGCAGUCCCUGUAAAGACAAAAGUUCCACUUGACUUGAGAUUUGUACUCCUAUAGGAAUUGUAGAAUUGAAUCCUUACAAUCUGGAAUGCCUGACUUUUCAGCUCAUUUUCAAAGUUUCAUAACUUAAUACAGUGGAAUUGAGGAGAAAGAGGGUGGUCUGAGUUAAAUCAAAGCAAUUUAAAUCAGAUAUUGAAAUAAUUAUUUAAAUCAUCAAAUGGAAAGCCUCACUUAAAAUCAAUGUAAUCAACUUUUCCAUUUGUACUUCAAUUAUAUUCUAAAGAAAGGUGUGUUUUCAUUGAUGUAACCACUAAAACAUGUUCAUAUAACCAUUUUAACAUAACUAAAUAGUCUUCACACUCAAUUUGGCACGUUGAUUAGCUUCCUAGGAAGAUACACUAUAACUGUAUUUAUUUAAGCAGUUGUUUAGGUUAAUAUUGUCAUAUUCUUAUUAACUGUAUAUUUUUAGUACAAAAAUGUUGAAUGGUUGUUUAUUUAUUACUAAAUUGUGCCAUAUUUAUAAAGUUUGACCUCACAAGAUGGAAGUUUUCCCUUGAUUUUUUUUUUAAUUUAGAAAAGAAGCCUUUAAGUCAGAAUUUUUGAUAGAGGUUCACGUUCAACAUAUUAAUUUUUUGAUUUAAAUUUUAAGAAAUUAUAAUAAGUUUAGGCCUUAGCACAUGUUGUAUUGAAUUCAGACUUAAUUUUAAACAGGUUGGUAUUUGAAAAGAAAAAGUCAAUAUAAUUAAAAUAACAAUUUUAAAAAAUAUAUAUUUGUUAAAUUCACUUCCCACAUCAUUGAAUUUUAUCCACACGGAUGAGACAUAGUUUUAUAUAUUCCAGGGCCAGAAGGGAUCAUUGUGAGAACUUGCCCCAAAUAAUUUCUGGAGCAAAUCUUUUAGAAAAAAUCCCAUUUUGAUUUAAAAAUAGUCAGUGAUGGAGAAUCCACCAGGACUCUUACUAAAUUGUUUUGAUGGUUAAUUACUCAAUGUUAGAUUUUUAACACCUUAUUUCUAAUCUGAAUUUGUGUAGUCUGAACUUCCAACCAACGUUCCCUUAAUUUUUUCCAUCCACGUGUAGCAUAAUUUUUAAGUUCACCAAGGCUUUUGUGAAUGUGCACCAUCAGAGGGAACAAGACCUAACUGAGGACACUCUGCUAAUUAGCUGGACAACAUUUGAAUCUUUCCUGAGCAGCCGCAAAAGCAGACAGCUUUCAGGGAACCCCGCUUCCAACCAUUGGAUCAUGUUGUACCUUUCCCUGUUGAGGAGCAGUGGGCGCUGUCCGGGGUUCUCUGCUCGGUGUCCCCAUCCGGCUCCCUUAUUUUGAACCUCUA